CUGGCACGCACGGACGCCUCCCCGCCCGCCUACUGCCCUGUGACGUAGGCGCGCCUGCGUCAGGGAACGUGCUGCGUCCCGUCAGCCAGCAGCAGCAGCAGUCAGGAACGUCUCCCUGCUGGUGCUGAACAGCUGCCCUCCCUGACCCCGCCGGCCUCCCGCCCCGCAUGCUGCCCGCCGGGAUGGGCACACUCUGAGCCUGUGCUGAGACGGUCGUCGCCCCCCAUGCCGGGGCCUUCUGGGUAAUGGCUGCUCUUUGACUGCAGGAAGCUUGCUGUGGAUGAAGCUGAAAGGCCCUCCUGUCCGUAGGUAAAUACCCCUCAGGAUGGCUGUCACGCAGUUCCGUCUGUUCAAGAUAUGCACUUGCCUUGCAUCCAUCCUCGCCUUCUUCAGGAGAUUAAUAUGCAGGUCUGGGCGAGGCAGGAAACUCAGUGGUGAUCAGAUAACUUUGCCAACUGCAGUAGACUAUUCCUCCGUUCCUAAGCAGGUGGAAGAUUGGAGCUCGUGGGAUGAAGACGACCCCACAAGUGUGAAGAUUGAGGGUGGAAAUGGGACUUUAGCGACACAGAACUCUGUGGAGCAAGAUGAACCCGAUUACUUCAAGGACAUGACGCCGACCAUCCGGAAAACGCAGAAGAUUAUUAUUAAGAAGAGGGAGCCAAUUAAUUUCACGGUCCCAGAUGGGGCCCUAGGAUUUUCCAGCAGAUUGGCAGCUUCACAGGAUAUUCCAUUUGUUCAUCAAUCUGCAGAAUUGGGGGAUUUGGAAACUUGGCAAGAAAACUCUAAUGCUUGGGAGGAGGAGGAAGAUGCUGGCUGGCAGGCGGAUCAAGUUCUGAGACAGCAGAAAAUAGUUGAGCGGGAAAAGAGAACCGCAGAACAGCAAAGAAAAAAGAUGGAGAAAGAGGUGCAGCGGCACAUGAAGAAAGAUCAGAACAAAAUCGGAGUGAAAUUAUCCUAACAGCUGACGGGAGAUCUGGAUGCAGCGGACGGCGCGGAUUCAUAAAAACAUUUCCACGCGUUUUACGAUGUUUUCAUGCUAAGACUCUGAACCUGGAUAAUGGGAACAUUCACAACAGGUGGUGGCUGGGAAUUAAGGAAACCGGGAACCUGAUUAUUACCUUUUUUUUAAGACUUUGGGAUCUUACGCCAGAUCACGAUCGCCGUCUCAGACUAGCGCAUGGGACUUUUUUAAGAUGUAAAGUUAAAGGAAAAUAAACUGGGUGUAAAUAAUUGAUUGCUCCAUUAUGCUCAAUGCAAAUAUGUAAUUACUGAAUAAAUAAUUUUAAAGAGAUUGCUAUAAUGUAA